AUGUCUUCAACUCAGGGCCUCGUCAAUCCCAUAUUGCAUCCUUUCAUUUUCCUCUUCCAGAUCUUUCAAUGGCUGACGGACAAGCUUCUCUCGCCUAAGCCUCCGGGUGAAAAUGCGAGACUUGGGCAUAAUCGUCCUAAAAUCGCUGUGAUCGGUGCAGGAAUCACGGGUGUAACUUCGGCUGCUCAUUGUAUCGGACAUGGCUUCGAUGUUGUUAUUUUCGAGGCUGGUACCAAGGAUAACGUCGGCGGUAUCUGGAGUAGAGUCAAUGAGACGUCUGGCCUUCAAAUCCAUUCAGUCAUGUAUCGUUUCCAUCCUUCUGUUCAAUGGAAUCGUGGCUAUCCCAACCGUCAGCAGAUCCUCAGCCAGGUUCGCCAGCUCUGGGAACGCUACGGGCUCAAAGAGAGAACUCGCUUCAACACGAAGAUUGAUCGAGUUUAUCAAGAUGAACAAGGAAGGUGGAUUGUCAACGACCCUUCUAUGGGACGCUUCGGUGGUGUUAUUGCUGCCGUGGGUACUUGCGGUGCGCCCAAGAUGCCCAAGAUUCCUGGCAUGGACAACUUCAACGGUCCUAUCUACCACUCCAGUGAAUUGACUGGAAAAGAUGUCAAGGGUAAGAAGAUGGUCAUCAUCGGGGGAGGUGCCUCUGCAGUUGAAGCACUUGAGUUUGCCUUCUCCGAAGAUGCCGCCAAAGCAACCAUUCUCUCUCGCUCAGAGAAGUGGAUAAUACCACGCAACAUAGUAGUCGACACUCUUCUCAGCUUUAACAUCUUCGGCCAGGAGACAAUCCUAUCGUUUAUCCCUGAGUUCCUCCUCCGCAAGUUCUUCUACAAAGACCUUGAGAACAUUGCACCUGACAAGAGCCACGGAUUAUUCACUGAGACACCUAUGGUCAACUCAGAUAUCAUGGAAAAGCUCCGCGAGGGCAAGGCUGAAUGGAUCCGUUGCGAUAUCGAUGACAUUGUCGAUCGUGGAAUCCUCGUCAAUCGACGUGCCAAGGGUGUUCCUCAGGGUGGUCCAGGCCAUGAAGAAGUCAUCGACGCUGACAUUGUCGUAAUGGCAACCGGUUUCAAAAGGCCUUCUCUAUCAUUCCUGCCCAACGACUGUUUCCAAGAGCCUUACCCGCCGCCAAACUGGUAUCUCCAGACCUUCCCGCCCGCUCACCCUUCCGUCUCAGCCAUCAACUGCACAUACGUCAACGCCAUCGGCAGCGUGGGCAACUGGCACAUCGGUAUCUACACGCGAAUCCUCCUCAUGUUUCUCAUGGACCCUUUUUCGCGUCCCAGUCCGUUCUGGAUGCAGCGUUGGAUUGACAUGACCAAGGCGCUCAAGACUACCAGCCCAACUGGCGCUUUUGACUUCUUUACGUAUCUGGAGCUUGUCUGGUGGUUCUUCUUCUGUGUUGUUAUUAAUCCUUUCCGAUGGAAGUGGGCCAUCUUUGUGUUCUUUGGUGUCGGUUUUGGACUGCCCAAGGCUGUUGUUCACCAGGAGGAGAGAAUCACGAACGGCAAUGGGUAUCAUUCAAGGGAUGAAGGUAGAAGCCUCUAG